AUGCCGCGCUCAACGUUCCUGAGCGACCCCGCUCGAUGUCGCGCGAACGAAUGCGCGUCGUCGUCCUCGGCGUCGACGCGCGCGACGUGUCUCGCGGUCGCACCGUGCGCCGAAGACGUCGUGAUUGGAUUCGCCGACGGUUCGUUGAUGAAAUUCUCAAAGCUCGGACGAGUGCUCUGGCGCGCCGUACCGCCCACGGGGUACGUCCGGGAGCGCGAUGAUGAUGAUGACGUCGGAGGCGUGGACGCAAUCGCGAUCUGUGAGACGGCGGACGCGGUCGGGCGGUUCGUAGGAGGGCCGACGCGCGCGGACGUGUUGACGCUGGGCACCGGGACGCCGGUGAAGGAGUUGGCGAUGCCGGUGUCGAUGCCCGCGGGAGAGGCGUUCGGGUCGAGCGGGAGCGUUGGGUGGUACAUCUGGGCGACGACGGCGACGUGUUGGCGGCACACCGGGGAUCUGUGGACCGGGAAUUCGUCGAGAUUGCACGUGUGGCGGGCGGAUGGAGACGGACGCCGCUCGGCGUACGUCUCGGCGCCAGAUUCGCGAAGGCGCAUCGAUGGACCCGUGGAUGAUCCAAAGAGUAGGAUGCUGGAGCCAGAUUACACACUGGUGCCGUUCGCGAGCGUGAGAGGUCUGGACGGCGGAGAUGGAGGGGUGGAGUUUUUAAGCGUGGUCAUAAACUUUCACGAACAGAAUGCGGUGCUCGAGAGAAGGGCGUACGAGUUCACCGAGCGAUUACCGUGUGUCUCGACUUUAGAACUCGAAUCUCCGAAUACGUAUCGACGCGUUAAUUUGGGUUGGAUACCAAAGUUUGUCGCCAUCCGCGACAAGGCGUUCAACAGAGAUAUGAGAACGAUGCCAUCGAUGGCGACGUGCGUCGACUCGAACCAGUUCUAUCUCGUCAUUUGGCCCGACGGUGAACAGCCCGUACAUGUGAUCGACCGCAAAAUGGACGCGUCGAAUAGUUCUCGAAGAUAUAUGAUGGAUGCGCUCUCGAUGAGCGUAUCGUCGUGUAUCACGAAUCCAGACGCUAGGACAAAACGAACCGUCGUCGACGCGCGAAUGCAUGACGGCGACGCCGUCGUGGCAAUCGUCGUUCGCGACGCGCCAAUUCCACAAAAAUGGGAGUCGAGCACUCCGCGCGAUGAAGAUGUGGACUUCAAAAUGUUGUUCGUACCCACUGGCUUUCGAGUCGGCGCGAAGUCGCUUUCGUCGAUAAAACCAAAGACGGUCCAGUCCGAACCGCUCAUCGACUUUGUUGACGUCGCGACAUCGGUGCCGCGUUCAUCGGAGUCAUGUACCAUUUGUCUCGACGAGAUCGAGAGAGACGGGACCGUUCACGCGCCGUGCUGCAGCGCUUCAUUUUGCGAGGAAUGUUUGACGGCUUACAUUUUGGACAACUCCAUGAAAGGUUGUCCGAUGUGUCGAAACGUAGAGAAUUUCUCGUCUAUGCGAUCCUUUGCGACUGAGUCUCUGUCGCUCGCAUCGCCCGCGUCGUUUGAGGUCGACGCGCCGUUCACUGUACGUCAACAGUUGAAGAGAUUUCGCCUAAUGGAGCAAGUCGUCGAUGGCGAUUACGCGGCGCUCGACGAGCAUCACAUGCGAGGCGACCGUUCGCCGCUCGCCUACGGACGCGGUGUAGUGGUCACGCUCACCAACAACGGUGCGGACGUUCGCGACAUCAUCUCGCCGAGAGACGACGCGUCGUGCCUACCGAAGAUUUAG